AACGCCACGGAAACAUAUAUUAUUAUAUAUUAGUUCACAAGAACUUAAAUAUUGCUCAACAAAAAUAUCAAAAGAAAAAUUACAUUGAUCAAUCAGUAUGGACAUUGAUUUUAAUCACAUAGAAAGAGAUCUGCUAGACGAUACUACAGAUUCGUCAGUAAAACUGGAAUUUAAAGAAGAAGACGACGAUGAGCGAUAUACUAUGGAUCUUCUUCGGCUUGCAACUUGUGUAGAAUCAAAUACAGAUCCAAUUGAAUUCAACUCCACCGAUGCAAUAACGGAUCCCAAAACUGGAAAAAUGGUUUGCCUUCAUUGCUUAGGUGAAAUUGAUUCAAGUUCCAUUAAUGCUCACAUGGUUAAUGUUCACAAUUAUAGAAAAAUUCUUUUCAAAUGUCACAUCUGUCAGACAGUUUUUCAAGAACGCAAACUUUUACAAGUCCAUAGAGAAGAAUGUCGUCCUCUGCUAAAAACUACUAAGAAAAAAUCAAUGGGACAAAUAAUGAAAGAAGUGGACAAGAUAUUAAAGAAUCCUGAAAAUCUAUUAGAUACUGUAGCUUGUCCGGUUUGUGUUGUGGAAGUGCCAAAAUUUUCACUGCGGGAACAUGUGGAUAUAGAACAUAGGAAGCCUGAAAUUAAUUUAACAUGUCAGAUUUGUAACAGAACCUUCAAGUCAAAGCUUACUCUAAAAGAGCAUAUUAAAUUAGUGCAUGAAGCUGUUGAAGAUUCUGAGCAGUGUGAACUCUGCGGGCAAAAGUUUAGAUCUCUUAAAUAUUUAGCCAACCAUAAAAGAAAUGUGCACCCGAGUGGUGACAAAAUUCACAAGUGUACUGUUUGUGGCAAAGAGUUUAAAAGUCGUCUUUGUGUUCACCAACAUAUGAAGCAUGUUCACCCUCCAGAGAGUGCAACUGUAGUAUGUCCUCACUGCCCUAACAAGAUUUUUAAAUCAAGCAUUAAUUUACAUCAACACUUAAAAGUGGCACAUGGGAUGAAGAAGAAACCUAAAAUAUAAUAAUGUGUUGAUGUUGUCAGAAUGAUUUGCUAUAAUAAUAUGUAACUAUU